AAAGAUAAGCAUCUGCCAUUGUUGAAAUAACAGUCAGCAUCAGCAUCCAUGUAACUCUGCGAUAUGCAUUUUACCCUUCGUCCACAGCUAUUGCUGUCACUCGCAUACUGUAGACUUAAGCCCUGUAAAUAAGCGGCAGUACAUAUCCAGUAUAUCCAGAAAUGGCUGAGCGGGUGACGCCUUGGCGCUCCAAGCCGUCGCAGGAGGUUGUGGACCUCUUGCAGCUUAUGGGCAAUGUCCAACUAUUCCUGGUACAGCGCCCAGGACCCACAUCUUUCGUUGUGCGAGAAGAAGGGAGUGACGUCAAGCGAAAAGUGCAGAUUGGAUCACGCAUUAGCUGCUCAUGCUCCCCCACCAUGGGUCCCGGCGGCACCUGCCGGGAGCUCUGCCUGCACACGCUGUUCGUGAUGCUCAAGGUGCUGCGGGUGCCGGCAAGCAACCCGUUGCUGUGGCAGCUCUCACUCAGCGACCGGGAGCUGGAGGAGGUGCUGCGCUGCGCCAUGCAGCCCGAGCGGCCGCCGCAGGAGGCAGCCCGCACGCGGCCCGCGGCGGACAAGACACCGGCGGGGCAGGUCAAGCGCAGGGAGGUGGACGAGGAAGACCCCUGUCCGAUCUGCUACGAGGACAUGGUGGGUCAGGAGCUGGACAACUUGGUGUGGUGCCGCUUUGGGUGCGGCAGGAACGUGCACGGGAAGUGCAUGGGCGUGUGGAUGGAGCACCAGAUCCACUCGCUGGGCAAGGAGCUCACCUGCCCGCUGUGCCGCUCCGAGUGGGGCGACUUCAAGUGGCGCCCGCCGCCGCCCCGCCGCAAGACGCGCGAGGAGCGCAAGGACGUGCACUACGGCACUCACUGCGGCGCGUGCAAGAGGGCGCCUCUCAUCGGCAAGCGCUUCCGCUGCCUCAUCUGUGCCGACUUCGACCUGUGUGAGCCCUGCUUCAACGGCGGACACCACCCGCAGCACCCCUUCGCCGUCAAGGACAGCCCCAAGUCCUUCGGCGCGCCCGCGGACCGACCCACCAUGAUGCCCACCGCACUGCCGCUCGCACCCAGACAUCCCGCACCACCACCACCCCCAGCACCUGCAGCUCCCCCGGCUCCGACCUCACAACCGCCCGUGCCACCUCCGCUGCCAGGAGGGGGGACAGCAGCAGGCGGGGUGCAGGGGUUAGCGGCGCUGCCGCCGCCGGGUCCGGG